CAAACCUCAGAGUCUAUAAUUACCAGUAUGAAACAAACCCAACUUCAUUAUAAUACUUUCACAGUACCUCCUUCUAAGGGAAGUGGAGGAAUGCAGCAGCAGUACUAUAGGCUAUUGUACAACACUAUAAUACAUUCAUCUUCAAGAGACUCAGAGAAGAAACACCAAAGAGCUAAUGGAUCAUUAAUCAUACCUGACAAGGAUAUGGAGCCAACAACAGAUUAUAACUAUUCCGCCUACUACGAUGGUAUAGAAGGGUUAGAUACAUCAGAGGGCCAGCCAUGCAACAAUGCCAAUGUGAAGGAGUUUGGACGGGUGUUUCUGCCUACAUUGUACAGCCUGGUCUUCAUCGUGGGCUUCAUCGGUAAUGGCCUGGUGGUCUAUGUCCUGGUGAAGUGUAGGAGGACCAGAAGCAUGACAGACCUCUGUCUCCUCAAUCUGGCUCUGUCGGACCUUUUCUUCGUCAUCUCCCUGCCUUUCUGGUCCCACUAUGCCACCGCAGCCGAGUGGCUCCUGGGGGACUUUAUGUGCCGACUGGUAACCGGACUGUACAUGCUAGGGUUUUAUGGCAGCAUCUUCUUCAUGAUGAUCUUGACAGUGGAUCGCUAUGUGGUCAUAGUCCACGCUCACAAAAUGGCCAGGCUCAGAUCAGUCAGACUAGGGGUCACUCUGUCUCUGUUCAUGUGGGCUCUCAGUCUCUGUGCCUCUCUGCCUACAAUCAUCUUCACAAAAGUAAAUAAUGAGUCUGGGCUUACAACAUGUAAACCAGAGUAUCCAGAGGGUAGCAUGUGGCGCCAAGUUUCUUAUUUAGAGAUGAAUGUCUUGGGUCUACUUCUCCCUCUCUCCGUCAUGGUGAUCUGCUAUUCCAGAAUCGUUCCGAUGUUAGUCAAUAUCAAAACCACCAAAAAGCACAAAGCCAUCAAACUGAUAAUCAUCAUAGUAGUGGUCUUUUUCUGCUUUUGGACCCCAUAUAAUGUGGUCAUUGUCCUGCGUUAUCUGGAGGCACAGAGCUAUUUUGGGGACUGUACAACUCACAAGAACAUAGACCUGGCAAUGCAGUGGACAGAGGUGAUAGCGUUCACACACUGUUGUUUGAAUCCGAUCAUCUAUGCCUUUGUAGGGCAGAAAUUCACGAGUCUUGUCCUGAAGUUACUAAGAAAAUGGAUGCCAUUUUGCUUCGCCAGGCCUAAUGUUAGUGAGUUGCCUGAACAAAAAAGCUCAGUCUAUUCCAGGUCUUCUGAAAUAACAUCUACAAGAUUGCUGUAGAUUGACUUAUAUACAAGCACAAUUCAAAUAUAAAAACUUUGAGAAGGGAAAAGACAGUAAAAGAUGUAAGGAAAAACUAAAAACAAAUGUAAGGAGGAUUUCUUUGAAAGUGUGGGCACCCUAGCUGUGAAUCUAUGCUUACAGUAGAGACAGUAGUUAUCAGUUGCUCUUUUGUAUCUUUCCAUGCUACAAUGCCUUUGUUGAUAUAUUCCUUUAGAGUGUUAGUUGAGUCCUCAUAUGGUAUUGUGUGAAGUGUGAAAAAAGUUUUCAAAUAUUGACAGUAUGUACAGUGCAUUCAGAAAGUAUUCAGACCCCUUUCCUUUUUCCAACAUUUGUUACAUUACAGCCAUAUUCUAAAAUGGAUUAAAUUAAAUGUUUUCCUCAUCACUCUAUAAAAAAUAAAAACAGAAAUACAGUAUUUACAUAAAUAGUCAGACCUUUUGCUCGAAAUUGAGCUCAGGUGCAUCCUGUUUCCAUUGAUCAUCCUUGAGAUGUUUCUACAUCUUGAUUGU